AUGAUUGCAAAUGCACGAAAGAAUUAUUUCAUUUCAGUAGCAACAGAACUUAAUUCGAACCCUAAGCGCUUUUGGUCCUUGUUCAAAUACGCAUCUAAAAAAUCUAGUCUGCCACAACGUAUGACAUUGAAAAGUUCCGACAACGAUAACACGACCGCUGCUGACGAUCCUAACUCGAUUGCUGAUCUGUUUAAUACGUUUUUUGCUUCUGUAUUUCACCAAGACCAAACACACCCAGCAAACGAAACCACAAUCACUGAUGAAAACAGCCUAACAGAUAUUGAACUCACCGUAGAUGAUAUUCUCCCCUUACUACAUUCUUUAAAUGAACAUAAAGCUACCGGGCCUGAUGGUAUUUCUAACAAGAUAUUGAAAGAAACCGCCGAACAAAUAGCCCCAUCCCUGUGCCUACUGUUCAAUCUCUCUUUACGAUCUGUUUCCCUUCCUGAUGACUGGAAGAUCAGCAACAUCGUACCAGUGUUUAAAAAGGGGAAGCGUGAUCAUGUCUCAAACUAUCGACCUAUCUCUCUUUUGUCAAAUAUAUCAAAAGUUCUCGAACGUUGCGUACUAGUCAAAACAAGAGACCAUUUGCUUCAAUAUGUUAGUGAUAAUCAGCACGGUUUUAUACCUGGUCGAUCAUGCACAACGCAGUUAGUACAGGUCUUGGAGUGCAUUGGCCAACAACUCGACAACGGAAAACAGACAGACAUAAUUUACUUGGACAUGAGCAAAGCAUUUGACAGAGUUCGACAUGAUGUACUUUUGGACAAACUACAAAAUAUUAAUAUUAGGGGAAACCUCCAUUCUUGGUUCUCUUCUUAUCUAUCCGGACGGAAACAACGUGUUACUGUUCCUGGCGGUACUUCAUCUUCCCUCGCAGUUACUUCAGGCGUACCUCAAGGUUCUAUUCUUGGACCUGUACUAUUCCUUCUCUACGUUAAUGAUAUACAUGAUACUGUCAUCGCUUCUUCCGUUUCAUAUUUUGCUGAUGAUACUAAACUAUUUAAAACUAUUAACAACCAAACGGACGCGAACUUACUGCAAAACGAUUUAAAUAAUCUUAGCACAUGGUCAACAUCAUCAGGGUUAAACUUCAGCGAACUUAAAACAAAUUGUCAGACAGUUACUCGGAAAAGAUCACCUUUAAUCCAUGAGUAUGCUGUAAAUGGUAAGCCCAUUGGAAGACUCGACGAAGAACGUGACCUUGGAGUACGG